GUGUGCGUACCGCGCGUGCGUUGCUCUGUCACUACGUGCGCUAGCGCUGGGGCUAAUCUACAGUGUGCUGGAGCGAAAUUGCUGUCGAGGUUCAUCACUUUUAUAAUGUUUUGCUGAAACCGGUGGCAUAUUUGUAAUCUUACAUCCAACACCCAGAAUCAGAAGAGGCAAGCAUGCUGCGCGUCUGUUGGAAAGGGGCACAUGCAGCAGCGCGGCAAUGUGUGUGUGGUAAAGUGAAGGCCCACCCGUUGCAGCACUGCCGCAAAUACUCCACGGCUGGAGACUCUGGAUCUAGUGCUGGGAAAAUAGUGGCUGCUAGUCUUUUAUCGGUCGGUGGUGGUCUUGGCGGUGCAAUCCUUUAUGCCAAAUGGGACCCGAAGUUUCGGGCAAAUGUUGAGAAGAGCGUUCCGUACUCAGAUCAACUGUUUGAGAUGGCGCUUGGGCCGCCCCCUCCUCCACUCGUCCUUUUACAGAAGAAACCAGGAAAGAUCGAACCCCUGCAAAUCUUCUCAUUGUCAGAAGCAUCUAAGGAGUCCAAGCAGCCUAAAGAUAAAGCCAAGAAGUCCGAUCCAGCACCUGUGGAAGCUCCAGCUGCUGUAGAGGAAGCACCGGCACCAACCGCACAGACACUCGAGGAAGCCUCAGUAGAGGCAGCUCAUAUUAUUUCGGCUAUCGGCGAGGUGCCAUCUGUGCCUGCGCCGGGUACAAGUGACGAAAGCCCACCUGGCCAUACGGCGGCAGGUGAAGAGUGUAAGGAUCAUCAUGAGCCUGAGCUGAAGGAGAGGCCAGCGGAGGAAGUGACCGCUCGACUGGCUCAACAGGAUAAAGCUGAGCAGGAUGCUUUAGCAGCUCUGACUGCUGGACUGGAGGAAAGUCUGGGCAGCACAGCUAAGACCACCCUGCAGGCCAUCGGAGCUCAGGAGGCUGCGCUGACAGCCAUCGCUGCACAUACAAACAAACUCAAGGAAGCCAUGGACUCAGAGACUCCUCCAGAUGAGAAGUCCUCUCAGUGGAAAGCACUGAAUGAGGCUCUGAGUGACAGGACCAGAGCCAUGGAAGAGGCUGAAGAAGCCCUGCUCAAAGCCAAAGGAGAGCUCGAAAACCUGCGUGGAGUGAUAAACAGUGCAAAACAAUCCAAGAUUAACACAGCGAGACCCCAAAUCCUGGCCGCUGAGGAGAACUUGCACAGCAUGAUUGUGGAUCUGGACAAAGUAGUAACCAAGGUGCAGACGGCACAGACAGAGGCGAAGAUCGUGUCUCAGUACAGUGAGCUGGUGAAUGAAGCCAAAGCUCAAUUCCAGCAGGAGCUCGCCAACAUCACACCUGAGACCCAGGCCAACUGGAAGGGGCUCUCGGGAAAGCUGAGCGCAGAUGAUCUGACCUCUCUGAUCGCUCACGCUCACCGGCGCAUCGACCAGCUGAACCGUGAGCUGGCGGAGCAGCGGGUGAGGGAGCAGAUCCACAUCGAGGUGGCUCUGGAGCAGCAGAAGCUGGAGGAUCAGAAAGCGCUGGAGAGAGCCGUGGUUUCUACCUUGGAGCACAGCCGAGAGGACAUGAGACUCGAGCAGGAGAAGAAGGCUCAGGAGGUGCGAGAGGUGAUGGAGGCUGAGAUGAGGACACAGCUGCGUCGUCAGGCUGCUGCACACACAGAUCACCUGCGGGACGUGCUGAAGGUUCAGGAACAGGAGCUGCGUGAGGAGGCCCAGGAGAUUCUGAACAGUAAGAUGAUGGAGCAAGAAACUCAUUACCGCAGACUAACUCAAGAACAGCUGGACACCUUCACUUUGGACAUGAACGCCGCUUAUGCCCGUCUCAAGGGCAUCGAAGAGGCCAUAGACAGUCACGUGAUUGCUGAGGAGGAGGCCCGUAAGGCUCACCAGUUGUGGCUUUCUGUAGAGGCUCUGAACUACACGCUCAGGUCAGCAGGUGCCGAUUUCCCCACUGAGCCUCUAGAGGGCGCUGUGGGUGUCAUUAAAGAGAACUGUGCAGAAAACGAGUUCGCUCAGGCGUUGGCCACUGCCAUUCCCGAAGAGUCUCUCAGCCGAGGAAUCUACAGCGAAGCUUCCCUUCGUGCACGUUUCUACGACAUCCGUCGCCUCGCGCGACGCGUGGCGCUUAUCGACGAGACGCGCAACAGCCUUUACCAGUACUUCCUGUCCUACCUGCAGUCCGUCCUUUUGUUUGAAAGGGAGCAAGUAGCGCCUCCUGCUAAACUAGCACCCGAAGAUCUCGACACGUUCAAGCUGCUUGCCUAUGCUAAUUACAGCAUUGAGCGCGGCGACCUGGAACUAGCCGCUAAGUUUGUCAACCAACUUCGCGGCGAGUCACAGCGUGUGGCACAGGACUGGCUUAAAGAAGCCCGACUCACCUUAGAAACAAAGCAGGUGAUUAGCCUGCUAUCGGCAUAUGCUAAUGCCGUAGGGUUGGGCACCACACAGGCCCCUUAGCCACACCCACUCUGUCAAGAUUAUGUAAAUUACGAAGAGUGUUACUUGCCCGGUAUUAACGGAACCUUCUGCUUUAAUUUAUAAAUAGGUUGUGUGCUAGCCAAAAAUUUGUUUUUCUUAACUGUCCAAAGCACUUUUGCAAGAAGUCUUUGCCCUAAAAACAAUUCUUAAGUGGCCUACCAUCCAGAACAACCAGUAGUUCGUAUGCGGGAAACACUCGGCAGUGACACUCCUCAGUGUAUAUGGCGCACAUCUCACUGGUUAGGAUUACAUGUGCAUUCAUCAGGCUAAAUGCUAAACCUGUUCACUGUUUCGGAGUUCACAUGUAAUGAUUCAGAUAUAUUUACUGGUUGUUUAUUAUCCCAAACUGUUGAGAAUAAUCAGUCAUCUCAUUCAGUACUGAAGAUAUUCAAUAAAUCAUGGUUGUUGACAAUAAUGGCAUUUCAGUUAUUUGCAUGUCUGUGUUGUUUCAAAAAGGGUCAGAUCUGG